UCAAAGGAUGCAAAGCUUCCCAUUGCCAAGAAACAGGGAGAACGUGACAUUAAAAAAAGAGCAAGUCCAGCUAAAACAGCAUCCAGCAUGAUAAAACAAACCAAGAACAUUUCUCAUUCUGCCAUUACAGGCAAGGAGGCAGAACAUAAACCACCAAAACAAGAAGUUCUUGGGCAUGAAAAAGGAGUUCAUCAAGCAAAACCAGAAAGACCAGAAAAACCAUCAGCUGAAAUCAGAGUAGCAGAUAAGAAAAAAGCAGAAAAAUCUUUGAAGGAAAAAAAGGAAAAAUAUGGAAAAACAGUUGAAAAGAUACCCUUGAAAGUAAAACAUGCCAAAGUUCCAACAGAAAAAGAAGCCCAUUUUUAUCACAAUAUGACUACAGAAAAAUAUUCAAAAGCUACAAAAACGGGAAGGGAAUAUUCUGAAGUAACCACAAUUAAGAAAGAGAAAUCUGCUGUCCGAUACUAUCAGUGUGUCUUUGUAAGUGAAUUUAAUGGUUAUACACCUCAAUAUCCUAUUACUCCAGAAAAACCUUCUGAUCCCAAGUUGAAGGCACGGAAACAAUAAUGUCCUGCAACCUGUGACAUUGCAACAAUUUUGCACUUUGCACCCAGUUCAGGGGGUCAUCUGAAGUCCACUUGGCACCUGUGACAAUGGAAAUAUGUUCCGACAGAUCACACACACUUGGAAAGGUUGUCUCCUUGUUGUUAGAGCACCAGAGGCAAACUGAAGGUGCUACAUGACUAAGGAUAUCCAUACUACUUCCCUGAAGGAAAGCAUGGUGCUGAAAGAGUACUUGACAGAAAGUAAAGUUCUGUGUGCAGGUGUAGUUGGGUAUAUGUAUGUAUGUCCAUAUAUUCCUUCAUGGUCUGAUUCUAGUUUCUGUUUUAUACCUAGUUAGAAUGGAAAACAUUUUCCAUGGUUUCAGUUUUGGAAAAUAUUGAAAACAGGAUUGGUAAUUUGCAGUAUUGUUUGCCAUCUAAAUGAAAUGAUGAGUCAGUCCAUGCUAACCUUUUAAGUAAUCAGACUCUAAUAAUAAAAUAUAUGUUCUACAUGUGAUUUUUUCCAUAAAAGCAAGUGAUAAAAUGUUUGCUAUUUGCAUAUAAGAGAGAUAUUUGAAUUAAGAAUAUCACCUAUCAAUUUCUCUUUACUUCCUAUUUGAAAUAAUAGGCUGAUAUCUCAGCAUCAAAAUGAAAAAUAUCAUGCUCCUGAUGAAAAUAUCUAAAAAUAUUAUUCCUGCUGCUUAUCAAAAUAGAUCUUGCUUUGUACAUAAUAAUGUGUCUCUGCAUCUUGUUCCUGAUUUCUAUUAAAUGCAUUUUGUGUAUAUUGUUUAAUACUUCUGUUUGCAAUGUCAAAUUGAACGAAUUAUUGUAGGACAACUUUUUACACAAAAAAAUUGCAUCUGUAGUCUUUAAUGUGAAUCAAUUUCAUAAAUUUCCAAAGGAGAAUAAUAUUACGAAAAUGCUGACAUUUAUUUUGAGGAGAUGACAUAAGAUUUAGGUAACUAUGCCUAAAGAGGUUCAAGCAAUUCAUGACAAUGUUUGGUUUUCCUUUCUCCCUAUCUUUUCAUGUUUUGGUCAUACUAAAAUAUGACUGGAAUUCAAUGCUACCUAGACAAUCUCCAUUACUGUAUUUUCAGCUAAUCUAAGACGGUCCUCCCAUUGUGAAGGUAAUUUACUGGGGGGAAAAACCAAUACAGGUAAAUAGAGUCUUUGAUUACUACCAGCUGUGGAAAUGGUAAGGUUCAUUCUGUGUUAGACUGGAGCCUAAAUCACAGACAAGUGAUUUAGGAUCAUUAUGAUAGAAAUAAAAGAUUGUCCUACUGAAAGAAUAACCCUUUGGAAGUAUAGGCUUGUCCUGCUGCUUCCUUUGCUAUCACUUGUCAAUGGAUAAGCAAAAUGAGGAAGGGUGUUUCAACAGAGCAGACAACUAAAGACUCUAGUGUUUUUUUAGAGCAUUUAUGAGAUAUGUUUCUGAUAUGUCACAAGGUAUUUGCACUGAUUCAAAGGUGAUUGACCUUGUUAGUAUAAUAUCAUGAUUGAUGAAAGCACCCCAACUUUUUAUAAAUGAUGAUACCUCAUAAGUAAUAUGAAGACUUUUAACUGUGCCUGAUUAUAUGGUAGAGUUGUAGAGUUGGCAUAACAUUAAUUUUGUCACCAACUCAACUGUAUCAGGAAUUACAAUCCACAAUGAGUGCAGAAGUUUCAGAACACAACUUUGGGAUCUGCCUCUAUUAGGUGGUUCAUAUCUACCUCUGAUCUUCCCAAGGCAGAAUCCUUAAGGUUCUGUUCACUUUUCUUAUAAUUUGUUUAUUAUUUGCUAUUCUUAGCAUAGUUUCAGUGGCUUUCCAAAGGCCUGCUGAUUUAAAUGCGUGUUUUUAGUCAAAUCGCACAAGGUUUCUUUAGAAUUUUAUUGCAAUAUUGCUAAUUAUAGGGAAACCAUUUAGAAUAUUAAAAGCUGUUUAACUGAGAUUUAUUGAAGCAUAUCCCAAUUCCAAAUAACUGGAUAAAGUGCAAUAGCAUACUUGAGAAAACAUUUCCCUUCAGAUAUCAAGGUGAGUCAGAGAAAUUCAAAAUGUAAAACCUCACCCAAUGGUCAAUGAAAUAUUAACCAUUUGUUUAAAACACAAGUUUCUUAUUGCAUCCAUACACACUUCAAUUUAAUCAAAAAUCCUACUAUGGCAUUAUUUGAAUUCCAUGCUUUUAUCCAGAAAACCUUAAGUAUUGAUUUGCAAAACAAAAUGAGCAAAGGGUAUCAUGGUAGGUACAGCUCAGUUUGAUUAUUUGAGGGGGCAAUGCUUCAGGGUAUUGUUAUUUAUGUAAAGUUUUUAAUAAGUAACCUGCCCAUCCUGACAUUUUAAUUAAUACCAAGAAUCAAGCAGAAAUUACUAUGGUCUUUCGAUGUGACACAUGUUCAGUAUAUAGUUUGUCAUAAAUUCACUUAAAAUCCUAAGCUAAAAAUUCUUUUCCAUGUUCUAGUCCUUGAUACCACUUUGAGUGAGAAACAUUUCUCAAGACUGAGAAGGUUUGUUUACUUGGCAUCUACAUAAAUAUUUGAUGUUAAUAGACAAAGUCUUCAUCACAAAAGCAGAGAACCCAUUGUACUGUUGUGCAUGUAUUUCUAGCAGCAGACGGGGAUAAAAAGUACAACAUUUUAUUAUUGUAUAGCAGACAAAAUAACCCUAUAGCAGCAUAGUAUCAAGAGCAGAUGGUGAGGAGACUUCCUAAAUCCUACUGUUUCAUAUUGAUCAGGACAAAGGAAAUGAAGGAGAGACUUAUAACUUUUUCUCCCCACUUUUGUUGUUAAUUUACUUGCCCUUUCUUUUACUGGGAAUGGAAAUUACACCAGCUCCUGGGCUAGCAUAUUUCCUUCCCAUUCUGUAGAUAUAUCCAGAGAACUGGAAGAUUGAUCUGAUAGCACCAAAUUCUUCUGGAUGUGGCCAUAUCAUCUCCUUUUUUUUUUUUUUUGGCUGAACUUCCCAUUUUCAUUGGUUAGACAGCCACAAAGGCAGAAAUGUCUACUAUCGUCCAAUGAGGGUCCUCAGUGAGAAUCCUCAUUGGACCUUUUUUUCUACGGAGGAGCCUCUCUUCCACCUACAGGGAGGGAAGCCUGCAAUAUCUUAUUGUUUGUAGGAUGCCACUCCAGAGACUGCAAUAAUGUUCAUUGAAAGUACAGUGCUAGCUAAGCUAAGCAAUAUAUUGCUUGAGUCACUUACCUACUCCACACUACUCAGUGCUUUAUGAUGGACUAUAACAUUUGUACAUUUUUAACCUGAAAUGCAGGUCUUUUUUCACAGUAAAAAUCAGGGAUUGAAUAUGUGACAUCCAUAACUUCUGGCUGCAUUUCCUUUAUCAUGAACAGAGUAAGAAAAAAAGAACACUGGCUAAAUGACUCUAAAUGACUCUUGUAUUCCUUAGUUUUGAUGAUGACAAAGACAGCAUCUUUAAGAGCAGUUUGCCAAGCCAUCCACUGCUUUUUAACUGCAGCAGAAGCCUCCCAGUUGUCAAAGUAACAUACCUAGUUAUAAGCACUGAAAAUAAGACUAUCUCAAAGCAAAGAAAGAAGUAAUGCUUCGCAUGAAAUUGUUUUUUUAAGACAUCCAGAUAGGUUCAUAGGCAUGCAAAGUCAGUAGAGGUGAACUAAGAAGGUAAGAACAAAAAGGCCUGGGAACUAUUACAAAUAACAUAGGCAGGGUCUUGUUUUAAACAAGAAGGGAAUGAAAUAUGUUAAUGGAUGCAUAGAGAAAGGUGAAUAUAAGAAGGACAAAAUGAAGAGAUAUACCAGCAUUGUGAAGGAAUGUAGUAGAAGGAACGCUGAGGAAAUUUCGAAAAAGGUGCUGCAGAGCAAUGAAUGAGACACAGAUGGGGAGAAGAAACAUGGUAAAUAAAGAAAAAUGUUUGAUCUUCCAUUUUGAGAGAUAAAGCCAAAAAAGCAGAAAAGAUAAUAUGGAUUGUUUUCUACAAACUUGAGAAAGCACUUUAGAAGGGACUAAGCUGGGAAAUAGUCAGUGGUCUUUUACAACUACAAAAAUAGAUUUAUAUUUAAGAACACAGUAUUGCAUUAUGGAUAAGUGUCACAGUGGUGGUAGCUAGAGAAUAAGGCAAUGGGUUUGUUCCAAUGAGAAAGUUAUCUGCAUGUCAGACAUUACACUUUUCCCAGUCUUCUUACAAUUGCGAGGCACGUACUGUACUUAGCCAAUAAAAAGACUGGGAGGCCCAUACAUUUUUUACACAUUUCUAAUAAACAUUCUCCCCUAUUCUCAGCCCACAACCAUGAGUUCCAAGCUCUCAUUCCUUAACCACACCAAGGAAGGUUAAGGUUGUGACUCUAUUGUCGUAUGGAAGACACACACCUAUCUCAUUCCCUCUAAUCUCUGGUGUAGUAUCUUCAUAUAGGCUUAUCUAUAAAUACCAAGAAGGUAGAGAAUAGACUUUGUUAUAAUUUAUAGCAGAGUAAACAGCACUGUCUCAUGGACUCUCCCUUGGUGCCUUCUAGAUUUCGGGCUGCAGAUGAGUUUUUUAUAGGUCCUUUGACUAAAAAAAAAAAGGAUAACAAACAGAAUAUUGACAUGUUACAAAGCACCAGAUGCUAACAUAUGGAUCCUAUAGAUAGUCUUAGAAAAUAAAAUUGCUAGGUAGCUACAGCCUAGCACCUUGUUUGGAACUAUGCUCACCUGUCCAGGAAAAACAGAAACAAUGGGGUGGGGGAGGGAGGGAGAGAGAGAAAGAGAGAGAGAGAGAGGUAUGCUAGAGAUCAUCACAAAUGACAAAAUAUAUAUUUUGUGACUGGCUGUGCUGAUUAUGACAAUCAUUUGUCAAAUAGACAAUCUCUAUGGCAGCCAUCUGUCACAGCAUUCAGCAAGGCAAAACCUACUUCUGACUCAUUCCAUGAGUGUAGGUAGUCUGAAUUUAUGGCUGUAAUAUAAAUAUGUAUCACACCACACUUACAACUUUGUAAAUAAAAUGAAAGGGAGAAGAGCAAAAAGUUGUGUGGACUGAGGACCUGGUGGUUAGUUGCAAAUUUCUCCAAAACUGAUAGAUUAGCACAAAAGGGUUUUAUGAUUUCCUGAAGAAAGAUCACUGAGAUCUGAAAAGGAUAUUGUUUAGAGUAUCAUUUAGGCUUCAGUCCUAUAUAGACUCUUACAGUAUUAACACCUACUGAAUUAUUGAAGUUAUGAAAUAGUUGGAGCUCUAUCCAGUCAUGUCUUGCCUUACCUUAGCAGAAAGUGCUUAUACAAUAGAAAGUUAUUUAGACUAUCAAGAAAUUCCCUCUUUUAUUUCACAAUUAUGUUUUAAUGACUGCUAUAUGUUAAAAUGCUUGCACUUAUUGACAAAUAUAGCUUUUGAAGUAAACAACAACAAAAAUGCCAAGGACAGGAACAUUUUGAUUUUUAUAUUUAUGCCUUUGUGCCUUCAUUUGCAUUCUUACUUUGUAUAUGCUUUACCAGCACUAAAAAUGUUUCCUUUUCAAAAAUUAUUUCAUUUUUGGUCUCUAAAUGACAUCCAAUAUAGAAAAUGUUUUGAAGCAUUGACUACAUAUUGUAAUUAUUUAUGUGAUAAUUCUAAAUAUAGAAAGUAUAAUUGUUGAAUAACUGAGUUGAGAUGUAAAUUUGAAGCCCUGUAGCAAGACUUUUCCAAAGAAAGACUGAAAAAAAAAAUUGUUAUUUGGUUUCUGUCAGAUUACCUGCUCUUGCAAACCUCGCUGAUAUUCUGUAAAUGAAAAAAUAUCAACUCUUUUCAGUAAAAGGGAAAUGUUUUCAACCUCAUGUUUCUGAAUUUUUAAAUUAAAUACUAUUGCUCCAUUGCAGUUUUAGAUGUUUUUAGUUUCAGAAUUUAAAUGUCCUUCAGAAUGCACUGUUCCAUAUUCCUAAAU